CAGCAAAGCGUAAAGACACGCGGUAGGAAAAGUACUGUGACAGACCCUGUUGUUGGUACUAAAGGACGCGAAGUCUGUGUAUUAUAUGAUUCAAAGUUGGAAUGGACAUAACCUGUCUCUUAUUUUAGGUACAUAGUGAUGGAAAUAUAAACACCAGUCCUUGGUAUCAGGAAAGAAAAUGCUGUGUCGACUAAUAACCCGAACCUCCCAGAUACAGCGAUGCAUACACCCAAGAUCUGUGUGUUCCGCUGUGACAGGAAAAAACAACUCCAGAAAAACAAGGAGACACUCGAAGUCUUUGGAAUCCAGUAGAAGUGUGUCAUGGUCUGCUCCCAGCCUAAGGCCUGAGAAUGUGACCGUCAACAAUGUCACUCUCCGCACAGACAAAACCAAGAAAGCAUCUCUCGUCAUAUUUGACAAGGAUGGAACCCUCAUCUGUUUUCAUGCCAUGUGGACACCCUGGGCCAAAAAAAUUGUGGCCAAAAUUGAAGAAGCAACAGGGCGAGUAGGAAUUCAGGACAAGAUAUAUGAUGUCUUGGGCUUUUGUACCAAAAAACAAAAGGUGAUGCCAGGGCUACUGGCUGAGGCCACAUCAGGUGAAAUUAAGGAUGAAAUGACAAAGAUGUUAGUUGCUGAAGGAAUGGAAGAGUCUGAAGUUCGGCAAAUUUUGGAUUCAGUGUGGAUGGAGGGAAAUGCCAGAAAUCCAGAGGAAAUGAAGAAGCUAGGAGAUCUAGAGACCCUCUUCAAGAUCUUAAAGAUGAACAAUGUGAAAAUCGCUCUCAUCACAUCUGACAAUCGUAAAGGCACCGAUGCCUUGCUGGAGGAACUAGGUCUUACAAAGUAUUUUGAGCAUGUGAUUUGUGGAGACGAUCCAGACACAGAACCUAAGCCAGCUCCAUAUAAUGCUUUGAAAAUCUGUGAAAAACUUGGGAUCGAUCCAUCAGACGCUGUGAUGGUGGGAGAUACCAAGACAGACAUGCUGCUCGGAAAGUCAGCCAAGUUAGGUUGGAGUGUGGGGGUUCUGAGCGGGGUCGGACAGACUGGGGAUUUGUUGCCCCACGCUGACCAUGUGGUCAAUGAUAUCGAGGACAUUCUGCCUCUUAUUUUACCUUAUGAGGAAUGGAAGAGCUGCUAUGCAUAUUCUCCAUAUGAGAGGUUUCUUGUGGAGCCAAAUGAGAACGAAAAGAUGAAGGCCAGCAGUAAGAAAUCAAUGGCAGAUUUAGUCGUGUUUGAUCUCCAUGGAACUCUGAUCUGUUUACAUAGACGAUAUCCAAAGUUUGUGGAGUUUUUCUGCUCAAGAUUGAAGCAAAUGACUGGUUUGGAUCUGUCAGAAAAAGUCAACAGACUGUUGGGAUUGAAUAAAGAUGCAACUCGAGUGAUGCAUGGUAUCCUAUCGGAGGGCACAUCAUCCGAGGCCAAAGGAGUUUUAGUGGAAGCCUUGAGACGAGAAGGAAUAUUCUACCAAGAAGCCAUCAUGAUUGUCAAUCAAAUAUGGAAGGAAGCCGACUUUAUUUUAAAAUCUCAGCCCUCCCCAAUUUGUCCGAAUAUUGAGGAGAUGUUUCAAAAGCUUAAGAAUAAUGGGAUCAAAAUUGCCAUCAAUACUGGAGAGCCAAGAGAAUUUGUUAUUUCUGAUCUGAUACGUUUGGGAUUGUCGCAAUACGUGGACAUGUUGAUAUGUGGGGAUGAUCCCAUCUCCCAGCCUCGUCCCUCUGGACACAACACCCUGCUGAUCUGUGACGAGCUGAAAGUGAGUCCAUCAAGGACUGUAGUAGUGGGCGACUCCAUAGGAGACCUUCAAAUGGGUCAGUCCGCUUUUGUUCAGAAAAAAAUUGGAGUUUUAUCAGGUGUGAGCUCUGAAGAACAGUUAAAAAAUUAUGCGGACCAUAUCAUUCCUAGCAUAUCAAAUAUUUGUGAUCUUAUCCUCGAAAAAGGAAAAACAACUGACUCUAAACCACAAUCUCAAAAAGAAGGUAUGAAAAUGUUUGCAAGAGGCUUUUCUUCUUUAUCUCAAGGUUCAUUUAUGCACCAACCUAGUAGGAGCUUUAGCACAUCCAGUCAUCGCUUAGUACAUGUAGCCUCUAACAAGACUAAAUAUGAUUAUAUCAUUGUUGGGGCAGGCUCUGCAGGCUGCACAUUAGCAAACCGCCUUAGUGCUGAUCCAGCGAAAAGCGUCUUGCUUCUAGAAGCAGGUCCGAGAGAUUUGUGGCACUGGGACUCCUGGAAGAUUUACAUGCCGGCUGCCUUGAUGUAUAAUCUGUGUGAUGACAAGUACAACUGGUACUACCAUACAGAACCAGAGAAAGGCAUGAACAACAGAGUCAUGUAUUGGCCCAGGGGACGGGUCUGGGGAGGUUCCUCGGCCCUCAAUGCCAUGGUGUACAUCAGAGGUCAUGCCUUAGACUAUGAUAGAUGGGAGAAGGAAGGUGCCAAGGGCUGGUCCUAUGCAGAUUGCUUGCCAUAUUUCCGCAAAGCCCAGUGUCAUGAGCUAGGAGCUAACGAUUACAGAGGUGGUGAUGGCCCACUCCAGGUGUCCAGAGGAAAGACCAACAAUCCACUGUUCCAUGCCUUUAUUGAAGCAGGAGUGCAGGCAGGGUAUCCCUUUACAGAUGACAUGAAUGGCUACCAACAAGAGGGCUUUGGAUGGAUGGACAUGACCAUUGGAAAAGGCAAGAGAUGCAGUGCUGCAGCAGCUUACUUACACCCUAUUGUUAAUCAAAGAGCUAAUCUAACAACUGAGGAUAGGUCUUUAUCAAGGCGCAUUCUAUUUGAUGGCAAGAGGGCAGUGGGUAUCGAGUAUGAAAGAUUUUCUGAUAUCAAAACAGAAUAUGCAGAAGAAAUUAUACUUUGUGGUGGUGCUAUCAAUUCCCCACAGCUUCUGAUGCUCUCUGGAAUUGGGAAUGCAGAUGAUCUUCGUAAACUUGAUAUUCCUAUUGUCCAGCAUUUGCCAGGAGUUGGUGAAAACCUACAGGAUCAUCUUGAGGUGUAUGUUCAACAAGAAUGUAAAAAGCCCAUAACACUGUACAAAGCUCAAUGGAAAUUUCCUCAUGUGAUGAUCAAAAUAGGUCUGCAGUGGUUUAUUAAUCAGACAGGGGAUGGAGCAACAGCUCAUCUGGAAGCAGGAGGAUUUAUCCGGAGUGAACCUGGAGUAGAACACCCCAACAUCCAGUACCAUUUCCUUCCCUCAACAGUCAAUGAUCAUGGACGAAAAGCAGGAGACAGACAUGCUUUCCAGGCUCAUGUUGGUCCUAUGCGCCCCACCAGCAGGGGAUUUCUCAAGCUGAAGUCUCCAGAUCCCAAGGAGCAUCCUCGCAUUGUUGCUAAUUAUCUCUCAACCGAACAGGACAUACGGGAGAUGAGAGACAGCAUCAAACUAACCAGAGAAAUCUUCCAGCAGAAGGCAUUUGAUUCGUACAGAGGUCCUGAGUUAGCCCCAGGGGUUCAUGUCCAAAGUGACAAAGACAUUGAUAAUUACAAUAGAAACAUGGCUGACAGUGCCUAUCAUCCAUCUUGCACCUGUAAGAUGGGACCAGAUUCAGAUAAGAUGGCAGUAGUUGAUCCCAGUACAAGAGUGUAUGGCAUUGAAGGGCUUAGAGUUGUCGAUGCCUCCAUUAUGCCAAGUGUUGUUAGUGGAAACCUGAAUGGCCCAACAAUUAUGGUUGCUGAAAAAGCAGCAGAUAUUAUCUUAGGAAAUCCUCCCCUCCCCAGAUCCAAAGCUCCUGUCUAUAAACCCAUCACUCUUAAAACACAGAGAUGAGUUAUUUUCAGUUAUUGCUUGAACAUCUAUGUUGGUGCAAAGCAUAAUCAACAUUUUUCUGUUUGAUAUAUUGCAUGUAUAGUUUAUGCAAUAUGCAUUCAUUUUCACUCAGCUUGAUUAAGUUUUUGCUUAUAUUAACUUAAUGCUUGCAGAGAUAUAUUUUUUACAUUCAAUUUUUUUUUUGGGUAGACAUGCACAUUGCUCUUAUUAACUUAAAUGCUUGCAGAUAUAUAUUUUUUACCUCCAUUUCUUGAGGGUAGACAUACACAAUGUAAUGCAUCAAUCUCUUUAUGUUUCAGAUUGAGAAACUGGUAUCUAAAACUUGAAAAUUAUAAAGGUGCCAAUAUGCCAGGUACUAGCAAUUCACUGCAUAAUUUUGAGUUUACAAGGAUUAUUAAAGCAUGAUUUUGAAUUUUAAAAACUUUCAUUGUUUUGAUUUUUUUUUUUUAUUCUUUAUCAUUUAUUGACCAAUGUAGUGGGUAAAAACAUGGUGUAUUAGUUGUAUUGAGAUGGUUGGUGGAGCAUGUAGUGUUUUUUUUCCCCUCUCUUUAUAUCAAAAUUUAUUUUUACGUUCAUAGCAGAAUAUUUUUUUUUUAUUUAUUGACUGAUGUAAUAGAUAAAAACAUGGCCUACAUGUAUGAGUUGUAAUGAGACAGUUUGUAGAGCAUAUAGUGUUGGGUUUUUUUUUCUCACUUUUAUGUCAAAAUUUAUUUUUAUGUUCAUAACUAAAAUUUUGUUCAUUUAAAAUAGUACUAGAAUUUUAUUUAUUGCACAUCAAAUAACAAUUGUAUGAAGAUUUUUUUCAUUAUGAAUGUUUCAAGAAUUUUAUUUAUUGCGCAUGUUAAAUUUCAAUUGCAUGUGCCUAUAUAGAUAUAACCUACAAUGGAUUUCCCUAAUUUAAACAUUUUAUAUAAUUUCUUUCAUUUGAAAGAAUAUUUUGAUGGGAAUCAAAGUUGGUUGAAAUGAAAUAAAUUAACAACGUAAACCAUCAUAAUUAAUACCAUGUAUUAGUGAUGAAUGAGUAUAUAGAAAUACUUAGUUUGUACGUGCUUAAUCAUGAGUGCUUGAUAAAUGUUAUUUACUCAAGUGGACUUAUGAUAAUUUUUUUUCUUUAAAGUUUCAAGUGAUAUUUUUGUGGUUGACCAAUUGUUGUUAUAUUUAUGUUUAAAUACCAGUAUAAAGCAAUUAAAAUUUACAAAAUGUA